GAAUAGGUGGAUUAUAAAACAGUGAAGUGUUUCACAUGGUUCAGAUGAAUGGGGUCAGACUGAUAAGAUGAGUAAAAGUCAGUCAUGAAAUAUGCAGAAAGCUUGGGCCGUUUUGAGUCUCAUUCUGACUUGUUGCAUGCUGCUCUAUCUACUACUUUGGGAGAAUCUCUCUGAACAGUUUCACAGCAAAACUGUCACCAUUUCUGCAUUGAUUUUAUCACGACUUAGAAAUACUAGUUUGCACAUAGCUGAAAGACCCAUUUUUCCCACUGAGAAAGAAGUCAGCACAACACCUAUUCCGAUACUCUAUAAGAAUAAUUUUACAAAACUUCCAGAGUGGGAUUUCGAAGAUGUUUAUUUGCGCAACAGUGAAGCUAGAAGACCUACCUGUCCAAAGUCCCUUCAAAACACAGAGGAUCCCAAGUUCAAGGAGGCUGUUCUUCCAGACAUUCAGCUGUGGCUGUACAAAAAUCUACUCAACAUAACAGAAUGGAAUCGAUUAGCCCACUUCAACAAUCCUUUCGGCUUCAUGGAAUACAAGUACAAUGAGGUAAAACGAGCAGUGGAUUUGAUACCAAAGCCUUCAAUAUUUCUGCCUGUGCCUGAAAAUUCAAAGGAUGGCUGUAUCCGCUGUGCUGUUGUGGGCACUGGUGGCAUUCUCAAUAACUCAAAGAUGGGCAAAGAGAUAGACUCCCAUGAUUAUGUUUUCCGAGUAAAUGGAGCUGUUAUUCAAGGUUACGAGGAGGAUGUUGGAAAUAAAACAUCAGUCUAUGUACAUACAUCUUUUUCCAUGUAUUCCAACAUUAUAACAUUAAAGAAGUAUGGCUUUAACAGUAUUCCACUAGAUAAGGGCAUCAAAUAUGUAAUGAUCCCUGAAGGCAUGAGGGACUUUGAUUGGCUCCAAGGCCUUUUGCAGGGAAAAGCAUCCAACGGGUCAUUCAAGGGUGUGAGCCCACUGAAAUAUUUCAAAGGGAAUUUUAACGAGAGUAGGUUCUAUGUUCUUCACCCUGAUUUUCUUCGAUACAUUCGCAACAGAUUCAUGCCAUCAAAACAACUGCAGGGCAGAUACUGGGCAAUAUAUAGACCGACCAAUGGAGCAUUUGCUUUGUUCUUGGCUAUUCACACAUGUGAUAUUGUGGACGCCUAUGGAUUUAUUACAGAAGACCACCAUAUGUACUCCAACUAUUAUUAUGAAAUGUUUAAAAAAACCCAUGUCAUUUUCUAUAUUAACCACGACUAUGGCCUGGAGAUAAAGACUUGGAAGGAACUGCAUGAUGCUGGAAUCAUUAGACUCUUCCAAAGAAACUAAAGCUGCUUUUCCACCAUUUCCAUCGCAGUCUUAAGUACCAUGAAGAUUAGGUAAAUAGUCAGCGUGACUUUUUAAAAAAAAAAAUUAACUUUCUGGCUUGCGUCCUUAGUUCGGACUUCGCAAGGUCGACUCAUGUCCUCAAAGAGGCGCUGUCUUCAUAAAUAAACCACAAAUUUGAGUUUUAAACAACUACAUUCUCGCCUGAAAUACUACAUUUAUUUAGAUCCUGGUUCCUGCAUUGGAAACACACCGAACACCGCCCUGUUUCCAAGUACCUGUUUCCAGGAUGAAGUUCCUGCGGUGGAAACAGGACUUAAGACAUCAAAGACAGAAGGAGACAGGCGGUAUUUUAAAAGAUAUUUGUAUUUAUAAGUUAUGAUCCUCUAACAAGCUCUGCCUUGGUUACUCAUAGAGAAGACUGACAAGACCCGUCUUGGAAAGCUAUGAACUAAAACUAAAUGAAACAUCUGUAAUGUGUUGCAAAUGAAAGGUUAUACUAGUUUCUUCACUAGUAUCUUUUUUAAUAAAGGA